AAGAAUUUUACGAGUUGAAGACAACGUAUUCAAAUGAGUUGAAACCCCCUGAUCAUAGUUUUACCGAGAGUGUGUGUGUAUGGGUUCAAGUAAAAAUAGUAAACCGAUGCAUAAAACGGGAAAUCCCCUUUUGUUUUCAUUGCUUAAAUAAGAGUUCGCAGCCGACUGAUAGCUCAGUUCUAUUCGGCGUUGACACGAUCAUCAUGCAUUUGUUUACUGUUAUUUUGAUAGCAAUUUUGCUUUCAAACAACCGUGCAUUAGCAGAUCAUUUGUCACAAUUUCCCGUCGUAAACACCUCGCUGGGAUCAAUCAAAGGAUCCAUUUUAACAUCUCGAUUAGGAAAGAACAUCUUCGCGUUUCGAGGCAUCCGCUACGCUAAGCCGCCCAUCGAAGAUCUUCGAUUCCGGCCUCCACAACCCGUCGAUCCAUGGGAAAACUUACUGGAUGCCACCGAAGAUGGACCGAUGUGUCCUCAGCCUGCCUACAAUAGAAGCGAAGUCUCUGAAGAUUGUCUUCGCCUCAACAUCUACACGAAGCAAAUUCCCGGUAAACUCAUCAGAAUACAACCUCAAAACGUGCUAGUAUACAUUCAUCCGGGAGGAUUUUAUGCAUUCUCCGGUCAGAGCCACAACAACGCAGGCCCUCAGUAUCUAAUGGAUCAGGAUAUCGUUCUUGUUACAAUCAACUAUCGACUAGGUUCGUUAGGUUUCAUGAGUACUGGAACGGAAGACUGUCCAGGAAAUGCCGGUCUAAAGGAUCAAGUCAUGGCUCUUCGUUGGAUUCGGAAUCACAUCUCCAGUUUCGGUGGUAAUCCAGAUUCAGUGACAUUGAUGGGCUAUAGUGCAGGUGCUUUAAGCACUACACUGCAUUUGAUUUCGCCGAUGUCUCGAGGAUUGUUUCAUCGGGCAAUCGUUAUGAGUGCUGCCGCUACCAGUCAAGUUAAAAUUCCAACCGAUCAAAUUGAACUCGCUCGGAAACAGGCCGCACUUUUGGGAUGCCCAGUGAUACCAGCUGAUAAAAUGAUGGCCUGUUUACGCAAGAAACCGGCAACGGAUUAUGCCGACAGCCUGGAGUACAUGUUUGUAAUAUCGUGGAACCCAGUAUUGCUGUGGAAGCCGGUCAUUGAACCAAACUUUGGUCAGGAACGUUUCCUAGAUCAAGAUCCAACGGAGGCAUUCUUGAAAGGCGAUUUCAUGAAGGUUCCCAUAAUUGCUGGAAUUACAAAGGAUGAAUUUGCAGGUCCAGCGGUGGCAUUUUUAAGGAAUGAAACACUUAGAAAUGAGCUCGAUCUAAACUUUGAUACUCUUGCACCCAUUUUAUUUUUAUAUGAAAGACACACAGAGGAGUCUAAAAACAGGAGUCGACUUUUGCGAGAGGAAUUUCUAAGAGAUGAACCCCUUAGUUUGAACAACUCUCUGCAGGGUUUAAAUUAUCUCUUCGCUGAUAGUCUUAUAGGAUUUGCAAUGCAUCGAUUUGUGCAACUUGCCUCACGGCACACCCUUGUUUAUCAGUACAAAUUCUCCUACGUCGGCCGAUACAGCUUUCUCUACUACCCAUAUGAGAAAACGCCUUACGGAGCAGUACACCACGACGAUCUACUAUAUCUGCUGUCUAUUCCUUCAAGAGCACCUAUAUUCAAUGUUACGGAUCCGGAAAAUUUAACAGUUGAGAGGCUUACUGGAAUGUGGAGUGCAUUUGCUAAUACAGGAGAUCCGAACAAUGCACAAAUUUCAAUGCCACACUGGAAACCUGUCACCAAAACAGACAAUCACUACUUGAACAUUGGACAGGUUCUAACAAUGGAGAUAGGGCUCUUCGCUGAAAGAUUUGCUAUUUGGGAUCAGCUAUUUCCCCUUCCCACAGAAAAUACCGAAUAAUUCAAAAGCCUGUCAAAGGAACCUACCAUCCAGCGACUCCUUCAUCUCAUUGUAGGCCAUCUCCAGUGCAUCUAGAGCCGUAAACAGACCAGUGCUUGAUUUCAUCGCCUGAAAAUCACUUUCCGCUUCUUUGAUAAUUUUAAACGAUUCUCGAACCUUAUCAUCAAACCGAUUACUUUGAAGUCCUUUGACAAAGAACGGAUCAUAGCCGUGUUCUUUUUCAUCCUGAACAAACCGAAAAGCAUCACCGACAAACAAUUUCCAAAAAAUUACUUUGAUUUCCUGCGAUUCACUUCCUUGCGAUGGAUUUUGCACAAACCGUUUAAAAAAUCGCCAAUCUCCGGGAGUGACACGUAUCUUACAGAAUAAAUUUGAAGGUUGUUUGAAAUAUAACGCAUACAUUAAAUAGAA